ACCAGGCCUGUGAUGUCAAUUGUUCCUCAUUGUACUGAACCUUGAGGUUUGUGUAGUGGAAAAAGUACAGCCCCCCAUUGUGAACGCAGACCUUAUAAAGCGCAAGGCAUUAAUGAAGUGAUCAAACUCAAGACGACCCGCCGCUGACAACACAACAAAAUCUACUGAUUAACAACAACCAAAGACUCCAACAUGAGACUUCACUGCAUCUUCAUCGCCUGUUUCGUCCUCUUUGCCUGCUGCUCACUGGCAAACAGUGAAUAUAGCCAAGGUCCUGAUAAAUGCUGCUUUUCUUUUUCCAAUGUGAAAAUCCCAGUAAAGCAAGUUGUCGGUUACCAUACAACUCAUUCUGAAUGCCACAUGAGUGGAAUCAUUUUCAUCAUGAAAUCUGGAAAGGAAAUCUGUGCUGACCUGAACGAGAGAUGGGUUCAGAGGCUGAAGAACCGAGUGGACGAAAGCACCCAGAUGAUGACAGAGGGCUCUGGGGACAGCAAUUAAUAUUUAACUUUUAAGUUUUAGUCUUUUUUAUAUUAUAUAUAAAAACUAAACCAACCCCUUUCGGAAUUUACCUCCACAAUGCUGUUCAUUGAUUGUUGAAAAGAUUGUGAUUAUGC